CAUAUGUGUCUAUGUUAUAUUACGCUUUAAUGGCAACAGUUUUUGAAGUGAAAAGUGACAAGUUUGAUAUAUUAAGCCAAUAUGUUCCUGAAAGAAAAGAAGAGGAGACUGCCAAAGAUUUAAGCAACCAAUAAAAUGAAAAAUUCUGUUUAAAUCUUGCUGUUACUUUAUGCCAGAUCUCACUCCACAGACAUCAACUACAGCAUCUAGGCUAUUUAUUUUCGGUCUAUGUCUCAUAUUUCGCUGGAUCAACGCAUACUUUACUAGAACUUAUGAUAAUCCAGAUGAAUAUUGGCAAGGACAGGAGGUUGCGCAUAAUCUCGUGUUUGGUUAUGGUUACUUGACAUGGGAAUGGCAAGAGAAAAUCAGAAGUUAUGCUCAUCCUCUGAGUAUUGCAUUUGUAUACAAGCUUGUUCAAAUCUUGAGACUUGACAACACAGAUCUUCUUGUAUCUCUACCGCGUUACUUUCAAUCUUCUUUAACAGCAGGUGCUGAUUAUGCAACCUACUCUCUAGCAAAGAAAGUUAUUGGCAAAGACAUUGCCUUGCCCAUUUUAUUUACAACUCUAUGUUCCUGGUUUAACUUUUUCAUGGCAGCCAGAACCUUAUCAAAUACUAUGGAGACCAUACUAACUGUGAUCGCCUUGAGUUAUUGGCCGAUUCCAGGAGUGGUAUAUUUGGGAGAAAGAAAGGAAUGGCUUAAAGAAUAUCGCCUCGCUUUGUUAUUUGCUUCUAUUGCUUGCAUUAUAAGGCCAACAAAUGCAUUGAUUUGGUUAUAUAUGGGCUGUCAAUUAUUGUCAUCAAAAGGCAAAAGAGGCAUAAUAGCUUUAAACGCGACACUUAUAUGCUCCGUUGUAUUAAUCAUUAAUGUAUUUAUUGAUACAAUGUCUUAUACAAAUGACUGGAUUCAAGUGUUCAAAGCACCCGUGUUUACACCUUACUUUUUCUUCAAAGUGAAUGUUGUGAACGGUAUAUCAGAGUUUUACGGUGUGCACCAAUGGCAUUGGUAUUUAUCACAAGGAUUACCAGUGAUACUGACUACCAUGCUACCAUUCAUGCUAUUUGGGCUUUACUGUAUAUACAACAAACCAAAUGUUUACAACCGUAUGAAACCCUUACUGUCGAUGUCACUUUGGAUACUAUUCAUAUAUAGCCUCUUACCACAUAAGGAGUUUCGCUUUAUCUAUCCUAUUGUUCCUAUCUUACUCAUACCUGUAUCAUAUGGGCUUUAUCAAAUUCAGUCUUCUACAUGGCGCAAACGAGCCUACAUUUUCUUAGUCUUCACUCAGUUACCAUUAGGAUUAUAUCUUUCAUUUUGGCAUCAGAGAGGCGUUGUAGAUGUUAUGAUAUGGUUGCGCAAAGAAUCACAGCAAAACAAAGUUCAAUCUGUUGGCGUCCUCAUGCCGUGCCAUUCUACUCCCUGGAACUCUAUCCUACACAGUCCAAACAUGACAAACACAUGGUUCUUGACAUGCAACCCUCCUUUAGCAGACGACCAUUUAGAUGAAGCAGACGAAUUCUAUCAAGACCCUAGUCACUUUUUGAGAUCUCAUAUAGACAAUCGUAUGCAGCAGACGUCUCAUUUGGUGCUAUUUGAUAAUUUACUUCCUAUACUGAAUCAAGAUUUGGAAUAUUAUGGAUAUCAAGAGUGCCAAAGAUUCUUCAAUAGCCACUUUCACGAUGAUAAGAGAAGAAGAGGCGAUGUUGUGGUCUUAUGCCGUCAAUUGAAAUAGUCCUAUAGAAAAUAAAAAUAAAAUAUAUGCCAAAUCACUUCCCCCUUUUUUCCCUCUCCUUUUUUCUUUUUUUUUUUUUCUUUCUUUUUUGUUUCUAUCUUUGUAAUAACAAUAAAAAACAAGG